AUGGUCCUCAGGAGUGUUACUUUCAUCAAUACGCUGAUUUUGUUACUAUUCGUAAAAAGAUCACUUGUCACCGGGAAUCCCAUCGAUAAUGGCCUUGUCGACUCACAGCUUGUCACCACUUGUACCCAAAACAAAUCAGUUGACCUUUUGGUGAUUCUGGAUGGCUCGGGCUCGGUGGGAGAUGAGACCUUUCGAAAACAAAUUGAUUUCGCUAUACAUUUAGCUCAACGACUCAAUGUUUCUAAUGACGGCAGUCGAAUGGGUUUAAUGCAAUUCGCGGAGUCUCCUCGACUCGAGUUCUCUCUUCAACAGUACACUCAUCCCACAAAGUUAGAAUGGGGAAUUCAAAGAAUUUCCUUCCUUUCUGGAGCAACAAACACCGGUCAAGCCCUUCGUUUCGCUCUCGAUAAAGGAUUUGAAGGAGCUCGAGGUGGUAAUGUUCCAAAAGUUGUUGUCGUAGUCACUGAUGGGCAGAGUCAAGACGACGUGGCCUCUCCAUCGCAAUUGCUUCGAGACGCGCACAUCCUCGUCUAUGCAAUUGGAGUCACAAAUCUCGUCAACGUGCAUCAAUUACAUCAAAUGGCUGGCAAUCCUCAACGGGUUUUCACAGUGGAAUCAUUCGAGCAACUCGACAAAACGCUCGCCGAUGCCCUCACCUGGGAUAUGUGCAAAACUGAGUUUCGUCCUGGCACACCGGAUAUCAUUUGUGGACCGGAUCGAAUCGGUGUUCGAGCAUCGACGAAAAGACCUUUUGAUGGAUACGUUUUUGUGAUGGAUCAUUUUCAUGAGAAAGAAUGCCGUGCCGGUGCCGAAGAUUUCAUGGACUCUCGCUCAAUCGGGAUCACGAUUCCCUUUUCCUCAUGCAAUGUUCAGCGCUAUCGUUCGCUAAACCCACGUGGGAUUUUUGUAGAAAUGACGGUGGUUUUCAUGUUUCACACAUUAUUCAUGACAAAAGUCGAUCAAAUGGUGAAAAUUCAAUGUUUUUAUAUGGAAGCCGACAAAACUGUUAAUGUUCCCUUGUCGGUUAGCAUGCUGACAACACAAUUUCGAGAGAAAAUGUACCAAAUGCCGACUUGUUUGUACACUCUUCGGAAAGGAGCUCCUGAUGGCCCGAUUGUACAAUAUGCAAAGCUCGGAGAAUCCGUUUAUCAUCGUUGGGAAUGUCGUGAAGUUGAAGAAAAGGACACCUUUGGGAUGCUUGUUCACUCUUGUUAUGUAGAUAAUGGAUACGGUGAUCGAGUUGAUGUUCUCACUGAACAUGGUUGCGGCAUUGAUGCAGUCAUUUUGGAGACUCCAGACUAUGAUAGUUCGCUUCGUUUAGCGACUAGACCCUAUCACGUAUUCAAGUAUGCCGAUCGACCCGUUUUACAAUUUCAAUGCCAAAUUACUUUGUGCAUCAAAUACGGUGGUGGAUGUGAUGGAAUCACACCGCCGAUUAGUUGUCCCAAUCUCACCGCUCAUCUCCACAACCAUCCCCAUUUACAUCGUCAUCAAGCAAAGCGAAUUCGGAGAGAAAACGAGAUCGGUACUCUUGACGUUUUCACGAACGCGAUGACCAUCUUGGAUCAAUUUCCCGAUUGUGAUGGACAGGAUCGAUUUGAUUUGGAGUUGAUGUUGGCGUUAAGUCUAGCGAAUUUCUUGCUCUUCAUUUCUUCAAUUCUUUUUUGCUUUUUUCGAAGAAAACUAACAUCAACAAAGUUU